GUUGUCUCUCCUUGAGGAUUUUCUUGGUGGUGCAGCCUGUACCCCAUCACUCUUCGGGGAUUCACUGUUUGAUCUCUCCUACAGUGAAUCUGAUGGGAACCCCAGCACGGAGGACGAGUCCAGCCACGGUCCUGAAGAAACGGAAGCAGCUGGGGGACUGUCCACCAGCCACGAAGGGGUCUCCGCCCCCAGCAGCCUGUUCCUGCCAGCUGCCUGCUCCAGUGCCUCUUCCAUCCUCCUGAAUGGGAACUUCAUCACUGCUAGCUCUCCCCCCACCAUGCUCCUUAAUGGGGGCUCUGUGAUCCAGACUCCCACCGGAGGGGUCAUCCUCAACGGGUUGACUCUAGGGGAGAACCAAACCAUCACCCUCAGUCCCAUGGCAGCACCCAGCCCGCCCAUCCUCCUGAACGGCUCCACCAGUCUGCUGAGCCCCAAGGCCCCCAACAACCAGGAGAUCAGCAAAGCCCCCCAGGAGAGCCUCUCGCCAGCCACAGUCAUCCUCAGCCCAGCUGCCCUCCAGGGAGAGGUGAAGUCAGAAACCGCUGACCCGCUGGCGUUUGGCGUGGAAAUGAAAUCCGAGGAUGGCCGGGGGGCAGCUCUUCCGCCCCUCCUGUCUCUCCCAGAUACCUCCACGCUCCUCUCCGGGCGCAAGGGGGCACUCUUGGCUGCUCUGCCCUUGCCUCAAGUCGUUCCUUCAAAUGAAGAAAGCCCCACUGCCCCCCAGUUGCCCGCAGCCCCUCAACCGGCAGCCCCCACCAGUCCUCAGAUUGUCCCUCUUGCUAAACUGAUCCCUGUGGGUCAAGCUCUGCCCACUUCCCAGGGGACAGGGGCAGCAGUGGGCAGCGGGCAGGGGUCCCCAGCGGCCCUGUCUCCUGCUGUCACCACCACACCCCUGCUCUCUGUCCCUGGGUCCUCUGCAGCCCAGGCCACGGUCCUCCAUGUUUCUGCCCCAUCCCUUCUCCCUCUCACCCAGGUAUCACCCCCUUCCCAGGUUGUCCCUCUGUCCCAACCAGUUCCAGGAACUCAGUUGCUGUCCCCCCCUCAGAUGGUGCCUGUGUCUCCCACCCAGAUCUAUACGGUAUCCCACGGGGCUCCACCUCCACAGCUGGUCUCCAUUCCUCAGGUGGCACAAGGCUCCCAGCUUAUCUCCUUGCCCCAGGUGGUGCCCACCUCUCAGGUGGUGACUCUGCAGCAGGGCGUGGGCAACCCCAUCCAGAUACUGACAAGCGCCGCCCCCAUCAAGGUGGGCCCCGUGGCCGGGACCCCGCAAGCCACGGUGGCCACCGGAGGCCUCGGCCAGAACAACGUCCAUCUCCUCAACACUGGCGUAGGCGUCACGGCACUACAGCUUCCAGGCACAGCGCCAGGUAACAUUCUCCUGGCCAACCCAGCCACCGGCAAUGGCACCAUCGUCGCUGGCAUGGCCGUACAGCAAGGCAAGGUCAUCCUCACGGCCACCCUCCCAGCGGGCCUGCUGAUGACACCUGUCCUCUCUGCUCCAGCAGCCUCAACCUGGACUCUUCCCACCAAGCAGGAGGUCGCAGUGGCCACACCAGCAGCUCUGGGGGGCCCUGAAGGGAACGGUUUAUUGCUUCCGGGGGUUCCCUCAGUGCUGCCCUCUGAAGUCUCCCCUCUUUCCACUUCUGACGUUGCUGGGCCAGCCCACGUGGCCUUUGGGACAGACUCCAGCCAAGCCCGCCUUCUCCCCAGCUUCUCCCAGCCGGAGGCCCUGGCCGUGUCCCAGCAGCAGGUGGUGUGGUCCAGCCCGGUUAGCAUGGAUCUUCAAGGGAACAGCGCCGAGGGGCUGUUUGAGAUGGGGAAGGGCUCUGUAGAGGAGCUCCGGCUCACCGAGGGCGAGGGCCUUCUGCUGGACGCUUCUGGAGAUGACGCCAUGGGUCCUGAAGCUCUCGACUCGGAUGAGAAAGUGCUGACCCAGCUGCAGUCCGUACCGGUGGAAGAGCCUCUGGACCUGUGAGACUCGGACCGCUGAGGAGCGUCACCUUCUCGGGCAACGUUCUUCAGACUGAGAAUUCUUGGGCUCCUGAUCUUUCCCAGAGCAACUGUGAGUUUGGGAGUUCCCAAAGUGCCUCGAUAAGAGAAAACGCUUCCCUGUGAGGCCUCCUGCCCGUCAGGGCUGCGGUUCCACCUUUGCACAGGAACGGUGUAACACUACAGCGCGGGGACGGUUCUCCCCACCGCCCUUCAGGCUGACCAUGACAGACCACUGCUGGGGCGGCAAACCUGGGCGCCACUGUGUGGCUGUCGGCAGAAUAGCAAACGCUGCUUCCUUCACCUGCAAAGGAGGGCGGGCUUCAGCUCUCCAUCCUGAGGGUCAGGUGUUUCUCUUCAGGUCCUCUUUGAACUUCCUUUCUGGUAGAUACUCCUCUGGUAUGUUCAAAGUCACCAUACAACUUGGAAAGCUGGGAAUGUCCCACCUGCUGCAAGGAGAGCUUCUAGCCCAGAGCGAUAUUUCCUUUCCUCUCACCCAUGGUGCUAGGGGUGGGGUCUGGCUACCAAAUGUGAUCCCAAAUCCCACUUUAGAGAGGCAGGGAAAUUAUCCAGCUUCCCAGCUUUCAUGCUUUCGUUCUCUUUUUUUUUGUGGUGUGGAGGAUAGCCUUCCCUGUCCUCCCUCUGACGCUGUGGAGAUAAUGAUGGGGAAGAAGGCAAACGCAUCUGGAGCAUCCCAGGUUGGAGGAGGCGGUUUGGGGCCAUGAGCGUGCAAUCUUAGGGAGUUGAAAGAACCCUGUUCUGAAAUAGCUCUAGUUCUCUGUGGCAGAAAAGGGCAGCUAGAAUGUCUCUCCGGUCUGUAUGCCUGCGUGCCUUGUCUGCAGAACAGAUUUUGAGAGCUUUCAACGAAGGUAGGAGAAACUACGAAAACGUUGGGCUAACCAUGACAGUCCUCUCCACGGACAAUGCAAGAAACGGGAUUGGAUUCUGCACAGGUUGGCCCUAUAGUUAAAAGGUACAUAGAUUUUAGAUACAGAAUUAGCUUCUUAAGCCACAUGAAAUUUAGUUACAUCUCUUUAUUUUGGGUUUGGGAGCCCAAGGCAACCAGUGCUACGUACACGCGGGGUGGAGAGAAUGGCCCGAAAGACCAAAAUAAUUGAGCAUUAUUGCAAAACUUGAGUUCAUCCCCAGGGUCCCCAAAAUGUAUUGCUUCCCUUGCAACACCUCUAAAUCCUCAGGCCAGCAGUCUUGAUUUCUCCAAGGCACGGGGGAAAAAAAUACACACAAAAUCUGCUUCUAAAAGAAAGGUCUUAUAAAAACACAUUUCCCCGUACCUUAAGUUACAACUCUCCUACCGGUAUAUUUGAGUUUCUGUCAUGUGGAUAAAAGGAAAAAGAGUACCAUUUUUUCACACUACAUUCAUAACAGUGUUUAUGAAAUCUUAAGAAGUUGAGUGACCCAUGAGAAUGGAUUUUAAGUACUGAAGCUAUCCCAGUCAUAAAAUGAAUUUGGAAUUUACUGUAGAUUAAAGAUGUCAUAUAUGGACAGGUGUGGGGGAGUCAAGCCUUAAUGCAGUGUUUUUCAAAUGCGGCCACUUACAGAUGUGUGGACUUCAACUCCCACAAUUCUGGGAGUUGAAGUCCACACAUCUCUAAGUGGCCAAGGUUGAAAAAUGCUUCCCUAAUGGAAUAACCUCACAUCAAACAUGCAGUUAUAAUAGGCUACCUUUUUACAUGUCCUCCAGAAACAGCCUGCUUUUUAAAAAGAGAGCGCCCAUGUUCUUUACAAGCAAAAACACCUUGUAUAAACUGGAGACGUUUAUUCUUUUGCAGAGAAAAAUUGCAGAUUGAAAUCCUGGUUUCUCCAGCUAAAGCUGAGAAAAAUUCUUGAGGGAACCCUGGAGAGCUGCCUUGAGUCAGCACAGACAGGACUAACCUAGAUAAGACAGCCCAGAGCUCUGCAGCUUUCUUGCCCUUUACUACUUGGUAAGGAUGAGCGGAAGCCAAUUUUGUUUUCAUCUGAUUCUCGCUUUACCGAAUGAACGUUUUAUUCAGUUGCUUCAGCAUCAAUACGGUAUACGCAUUUGCAGAGGGGGAGGGUCAAAAGGAUGGCGGCUGCAACUAUGCAAUGAAAGCCCCGCCCCUUUUACCUGCAUAAAAGGGCGGGGCUUUGAUCACAUGAGGCCGCCAUCUUGACCUUUUUGACCCGCCCAUGCAGACACCUCUGCAUCUUUGGCCUGAAAGGAAAUAUUUCAUGCACGUUUCCAGUUCUUGUACCCACUCCUAAAGGGUAUACUCUUGCAAGCAUUCUUCCCGUUGUGAAACAGGGUUAUGCGUACACUUUGUCCAGUAGACGCAAGGUGGUUUUUUUCUCCCGCUACGCAUUUUUGCACAUACCUUCGGAAUUGCAAACAGCACUGCGGUCGUUUGAAGCGUGUCUUUUACAUGCAUCUCUGUUCCAGGUUCUGACAUAGACAAUGUUUUUAAAUAGUAUGAUGGGGUAUAUUUCUCCAUUAUCCCUCAUGCUAAAAAAGAUUGCCGUUAGUUCCAGUCCUCCAGGGCAGAAAUGUGUAGCUCGAGUUAUUUUUUUUUUU